GCAAAACAACUUCAGCAAGAGUCGUCGUUGGUUCGCGACGAAAACUGAACUUUGGAGACUGCGUGCGUACGUCUAACAAUGUGUUGAUUAUAUCAGACCUUUUAUUUGAAGAAACCUUCAGAGAUCAUCAUGGAGGAGAAGCUAAAGAAAGAGUUGGGGACAACCCUGCUGAAAUUCACAGGCCACACUGGAGGUGGAUGUGUUAGCGAAGGCCAGAGUUUUGACACUGACACUGGGAGAGUGUUUGUGAAGAUUAAUCACAAGAGCGAGGCCAAACGGAUGUUUGAUGGAGAGAUGGCGAGCUUGGAAGCUAUUUACAAGACAGGGACUGUUAAAGUCCCUAAACCUAUGAAGGUGAUAAAGCUUGACACAGGAGGAUGUGUGUUUGUCAUGGAGCAUCUGGACAUGAAAAGUCUUAACAAGUACUCAAAGCAGCUAGGGGAGCAGCUGGCAGAUCUGCACCUUCAUAACAAAAGACAAAUGGAAAAACAAGAGAAACAACAGCAAACCGUUGGUAAAGGAACUGGACAAUCAGAGGCAGCUGCUGUCGAGAAGUUUGGAUUUGGUGUACCCACGUGCUGUGGAUAUUUACCGCAGGAAAAUGAGUGGCAGAGUGACUGGGUGUCAUUUUACUCCCAGCAGCGGCUGCAGCACCAACUUAACUUGGUGGAGAAAUCAUARGGAGACAGGGAGGCCAGAGAACUAUGGGCAAAGCUACAGUUGAAGAUCCCCCAGUUCUUCACUGAUGUGGAGAUUUUUCCCGCGCUCCUGCACGGAGACUUAUGGGGAGGCAAUGUGGCAGAGUGUGCAGAAGGCCCUGUGAUCUUUGACCCUGCUUCCUUCUAUGGUCAUUCAGAGUUUGAGCUUGGUAUUGCUGGGAUGUUUGGUGGCUUUAACAGCUCUUUUUACUCUGCUUACCAUGACAAGAUUCCUCAAGUGCCAGGCUUUGAAAAGAGAAGCCAGCUUUACCAACUCUURCACUACCUAAAUCACUGGAACCACUUUGGUGGUGGUUACAGAGGCUCAUCAGUUAGGAUUAUGAAGAACCUACUUAAAUAAAAACUUAUAGAAAAGACUACAGUCUUAUCCCCAAGACACAUUUCAUGGAAGCAUGAGUAUUAAUGUCAUACAUGCUGGCAUGCUUUACAGGCUCACAAAACUUUGCAGUGUUGCAAUAAAUCCUCCCAGGUCCUUUGUGUUUAGAGCUCUYUAAACCGAUACCUCCAAAUAUAAUGGAUGACUUCAGUUGUAAGAUUGUCCACUACUAAACCAACAAUAAACUGUAACAAUUCAAA